UGCAAAUUAAUGACUUACUUUAUAUUUUUAGUGUUAUAUUAUUAAAAAUCAAUAGUUGUUUUGCAUGCACAGUAGUUGAUGUCUCUAAUAUGAUGUCAACAUGGCUAGCAUAUUUCAGGAAAGCAUUACAAAACUCUUUAAUGACUUGAUUUUGCACCAUCUCACUGUGAACGCAGACGAAAAAAAAGCUUUAGUGUUGGGACGCAAGUAUGAAGAAAACAAAAUCGGGAAACUGAAAAGACUGCUUUAUUCUAAAUUUUAUUUGGCAUUACAUGCACCAUAUGUCGUACCUGAUUGUAACACAGAUGUUCCAACAAAUCUGGCAUGUUGUAACAUUUAUUCUGGUUUGGAAGAAAAUAUUCUGAUCUUGAAAGCUAAUGGAAGGGAUGAAGAUGCUUUGAAAUUAUCUGAUCAGAGCGAGACUUUAACAAAUAUAAAAGAUACUGCAAUCGAACAGGUUGUACACAUUCUCCUUCUGCUUUCUAAAACGUCUGAUUGCCAAGGGAAAAGUCAUGAAAGAUUGUGUUUCAAGAAGUUAUCCAAUAUUGAUGCACCAUACUUCCAAUUUGAUAACAAAGCUGUUUCCAUGACGAAUGAUAGUGUUGACCAUUUUGGAAGGAUUACAGAUGCUGAUGAUGACAGUUUUUUGUUGCAAGAAACAGAUGUGUUCAGUCAACCCCCUGGAUCAUUCUUUCAUGGUGCAUCAACAUCAUUUUUGAAUAAGUCUUCAAAAGAAUCAACACAUACUGUUCUAACCCGAUCCACUUUGUUCAGUGGCUUGACUAGUGGUUUGUCCUCAUCAAUGGAUAUUGCCUUGAACCUUCCAGAACUUCCUCAAUACCCAGCCCAACGUGAGCUUUCUGUGGCAAGUCCUAAAGAGUUAUCACUGGAUGAAGGCUUUGAUGAGCCGUCUAAAUUUUCCACCCCUUCUUCAUUAUCCAUUGAUUUAACCAAUAAUGACAUAAGUGUUUGGGAUGAAGCACAGGCUGCUGGGGAACUGAAGAUGUUUGCAUGGGAUGAAAUAAACAGUUACGACAUGCAGUUGGAGAAUCUUUACAUCACAGAGCUUGGUGACAAAGCAUUUGACUGCAUGUAUAACAUACGAAUAUCUGAAGUGGAGCGAAUCAUUGGCAAAAAGGUGGACGUGGACUUGGUUUCGGCUGCUCAAAUUUACCGAGACUCGUUACAUGCACUGAUUGGAAUACCAUCAAGUUCAUAUGUAUUUUAUCCUAUGAGUUGCUCGUUAAAACCAAAAUUCAACUUGCACUGUUCCGGAACAAGCAUUGAAAGUUUAAACGGUUUAACGAUAAAAUUUGCACAAGUUGGAACUCACUAUCGUCAGCUGAAGAAGUUUUGUCUUCAUCAUGCAGAUAAGCCCAUCACUGGUGUUAGCGGUGGACACAUUUUGAAGUCUUUUAUUGAUGCUUUAAAUAAUGUUUUGUAUUCUUAUUGGUCAGCAGUUUUCAUGGUAGAAGGUAACGAUGGGUUGACACUGAUGGAAUUGUGGGGUUUGUUUGACAUGUGUGGAAGACAGUUGAAAUUUCUUGCAGAUAUAUGCUUGUGUUCAGAAGCAUUUAAGCGUACAUCAAGAAACUCUCCCAAACCGAAAUUUCCAGUGGGUGCAAAUCUACUAUCAUAUUUAUACUCACUGGCUGUGAAAAACUCUUCUACAGAGCAAUAUCCGCUUCUUUUAUUUUUGUUCAAAUCAGUAUCUGCACCGUUUAUUAGGCUGGUAUCUGAUUGGUUAUUUGACGGAGUCUGCAAUGACCCGUAUAAUGAGUUUUUUGUUCAUAUCGACCAACAGUAUUUACGAUAUAGGGAUAAGCAUUUUUGGACCCAGGGUUUUCAGAUGAAACAAAGUAAAGAGGCCAUUCCCUUGUUUUUGGACGAAUUAGCAGAUCAAAUAUUUGCAUGUGGAAAAGCCAUCAAUCUUUUGAAAUUGACAAAUAUACAUCAUUAUUUAUUUAAACGUUCCAUUGUUCCACCACCAAUCAGCAUCACGUUCUCCUCCGUAAGGCUUGAUUCAAUCGAAGAGAAAUGUCGAGAGUAUGUCACACUUGUCGAAAAAAUGAAAGAAAAAGAUAUUGCUAAGAAGGAGAUGGAGAGGUUGAAGGAGAAUGAGGAAUGGAAAGAUAAGCUGAACCGAGAAAAGAAAAUCACGCAGAAUAUGAUUAAAGACAUCGAAGAUCUGGAAAUGAAAGUUCGUAUUGCGAUACGAGAAAAGAAACAAGAGGAGUACGAAGACUUAAAAAGACAAUUCGAGUCUGCUAUGCAGGAAAGAAAAGAAAGGCGGGUAAAAAAGAUCGAGGAAGAUAAGUUCUGGUUAAACGAGAUGAAAAAGGUGGAGACAGAAGAGGACGAGAUAAAACAAAAAGCGAGGGAAGAACUGAUAUCUUUCUACGAGGGGCUCUCUCGUAAGGCGGAAGCACGCGAAUUUCAUGCGCACUGGAUAAUUCAACGUCAUGAGUUGGACGAUAAGAGGAAGCAUUUCCUGAAAGCUGAAAACGAUUUGAUAAUAAAAAAAUACAAUUCAUAUAAGAAUAGUGUAUUAGUGAAUAUGGUUGUGGAUACUCUGGAUGGAAAGACAGUUGGUCCCGAGUCCAAUCAAGUAGUCCAAUCUAAACCUGCUUUAACAGAAGAUUCAAAAGAUGAUCAAAGUGAUGAAUCCGCUACAGCCAGCCAUGUAAACAGAAUCACGAAUAUCCCAGUGUCACCAGGGGCAAAAUCCAGUAAAGAAUUCCAUGCUGAUGAGGGCGGUGAAGCGAAAGAGCUUUUGUAUCCAGCGAACAUAGAUGACUCGCCAGCAGUUAAUUCUACUAGAGGAUGUCAUGCUGAUGAGGGUGGUGAAGCAAAAGAGCUUUUAUAUCCAUCGAACAUGGAAGACUCGCCGCCACCAGUCCAAUCCACUAGAGGGUUACAUGGUGAUGAUGGUGGUGAAACGAAGGAGCUUUUGUAUCCAGUGAACAUGGAAGACUCGCCACUAGUUCAAUCCACUAGAGGGUUACGUGGUGACAUUGGUGCUGAAACGAAGGAGCUUUUAUAUCCAGCGAACAUGGAAGACUCGCCACUAGUUCAAUCCACUAGAGGGAUACAUGGUGAGGAUGGUGGUGAAACAAAAGAGCUUUUGUAUCCAGUGAAUAUGGAUGACUCUCCAGCCGUUCAAUCCACUAGAGGGUUACAUGGUGACGGGGGUAGUGAAACAAAGGACCUUUUGUAUCCAGUGAACAUGGAUGAUUCGCCAGCAGUCCAAUCCAAUAGAGGGUUACAUGGUGACGAGGGUAGUGAAACGAAAGAGCUUUUGUAUCCAUUGAACAUGGAUGAUUCGCCAGCAGUCCAAUCCAAUAGAGGGUUACAUGGUGACGAGGGUAGUGAAACGAAAGAGCUGUUAUAUCCUACUCAUCCUAGUAAGGCAAUAUUCCGCAAAAGUACGCGAGGCUAUGACCAUGAUGAGGGUGGCGAAACAAAAGAGCUAUUGUAUCCAAUCUCUCCCAUUAUGAACAAACCAGUGAGAAAGUUUUCCAAACAAAAUGAUAGUGAAGAGGUUAAACAUCUUCUUUACGGAAACGAUACCAUCAACACUGGGUACUUAAGGCUAGACGAGACUGGUAAAGAAGAAAGCGAGGCUAAAUCAUUGUUAUAUCCGAUUGAUGGUGAUGUAACAGAUGGUUAUAUUUCUACAAGGGGUCAUAGGGUGGAGGGUGAUGAAACAAAGCGAUUACUGUAUUCAUAUGAAGAGGAUUCGACAGGCGGUUUGAUGAACAGGAAUACGCACGAUGCUGCUUCUCACAGUGAAGGUGCAGAAGCCAAAGAAUUGCUCUACCCUUCUUCUGAUGUUGCUGACGUGGCGCAACAUGGUUCACGACAAUUCGAAAGACCUUCAACGAUGCAAGAGCUGUUAUAUCCGAGCGAAGAGAACGCUGCAACGCUGCAACAACAUGUAACAAGAGAAUUUGAACGUCCCACUCAAAUUAAAAAGAUGAUGUAUCCUGACGUAAUAAAAAAAGAAGAAGCAACAAAGGAGGAAAAAGCACUAACCAAGGACGAAGUAUGGAUGGACUCUAUCGUUGAACCUUUUCGUGAUGAAUACAGUGUGUUGGAUCUCGAUCCGCAACCAUAUUUGUUUGGAGAUACCAACCAAUCAAUUGCUCGGCAUUUCGACCAAUCAGAGCGGGAUCAAAACAGUGAUAUUAUGAAGCAGUUACCGCUAGAAACGAUUAUAAAAAGAUCACUGACCAUUCCUAUACAAGCACAGGUUUCAUUGGUUAACAGUGCUGUUGUGAAGUAUUUUCUUGAAGAUCUACGCAUUGAAGUUCACUUUGAUGCUUUUCGCAAGUUUCUGUUGCUGGAAGACGGAGAGUUUGGCCACAGCUUAUGCAGUCAGUUAUUUGAAAAGAUAUCUUCAGGAAUGAAACCUCAAGAGUUUUGUAACACGAUACGCUUAAACAACAUCGUGAUAGAAGCGUUGCGAUUGUCAUUGUACGCGUCGCGAAUAGAAUACGCGCGACAACUCACGUUUUCACUAAAAUGGAUGCCAGACGUGUUUCAGGCGUCAGAUGUUGGUGCGUUAGACUUCCUUGAACUGCGAUAUCGGGUUCCUUGGCCAUGCAAUAUUAUUGUAACGGAAAAUAGCAUCACGAAAUAUAAUAAGGUUUUUUCAUUUUUAUUGAAACUAAAGAAGGCUGGUUGGAGUCUGCAGGAGGUCUGGGUCAACCUGAAGAAGGCUGGUCAUGACAGGGUAUCUGCAAGUUCGCCUCAACUUAGACAACUCCAACUUUACAGACAUGAAAUGCAACACUUUGUAAAUAAUCUUGAAAGAUACAUUGUUAAUCAAAUAAUCCACGUUAGUUGGACGGAGUUUCAACACGAUCUUCAAAAUAAGGUGGACAGCUUGGAUGAUCUUCAUAGAUGUCAUGUGAAUUAUCUCAAUAAAAUUAUCUUCAGAUCCCUUCUCAGCAAAAAUGCCGCUCCCGUUUACAAACUUAUAAACGACAUAUUUGGAAUGAUAGCUAAAUUCGAAGCGAGACUGCUCACGACGUCGUGGAAACAAGACGAGCAAAGUGGAUAUGUAACUCAUCCUUUGUUUUCAAAAUUAAAAGCUGUGCAUGGAGCUUUUAAACAAUGUGGAGAAUUUCUUUUCUCAGUGAUAUCAAAGUUGGUUAGGCGAGGCUACCAAGAUCAUCUGGAUGACUUGCUACUACAGGUCAACUUUAACGCUUACUAUACAACAGCUGUUGUUAAGAAAUAAUAUUACGGUACCGAUCAAACUGAAAGUUUAUGAAAUUUUGUAUAUUUAUAUUAUACUUAUUUUUUGUAUAUUUAAACUUCUAAGAAUUUUAGGCAACUUGGGACUUAAUAACUGUGUUGUUCACCUUAAAAUUCUCGAUCCUUCUAAAUUUUGAAAAGUCUUCUCAGAACGCCUCAAAUCUACUUUACAAGUACCAUUUUUAACAGCUUUCCCCUCGAAUCUCCUCAAUUUUAAUUUUACAAAACUUCAUCACAAAAAUCACCUAAAAUACUCUCAACUUAUUUGAAAAAAUAUAAAAUGUCUUUAAAUCUCGUCCAUUUGUUUCACUAAAAAUACCUUUAUUUUCUCAAAAAAAGUUGAAAACUGUGGGAACCCUGGGUGUAAAUAUUAAACAAAACAUUUUUACAAAAUUAAAACGUUUAAAUAUUUUUAUAUAUUUAAUGUUAUAAAAAAAGAUUGUUGCAAAGAAUCUCUAUUUGCAUUUAGAAAGAUAUUUAAAUUUUUUCUUUGUUGUAGAAUCUAAAGGUUGUUUUUGUUUCGUCCCUUUUUGUUGCAUUUUCUUUUUUUUGUAAAAAUUUAUAUUUUGUACAUGUUACAUAGGACAAGAGUUUGUGGUAUUUAUUAUAAAAAAAUGAUAAUGUUUUGAA